AUGAAAUGUGGGAUCAUUCCCGAAAAUUCCCUGCGUUUAGCACGCACCAGUAAAUCCAGAAACAUCUCCCAGCUCCACCAUGUUGCCAGGUUAAGUUCCAGCCUCAAGGCCUUCCUCCCCCUGCCGUUGCGUCCCACUCACCUGGCGCCCUCCUACGACGUGGUCAUCGUGGGUGGCGGCUCCGCAGGGGCGCACCUGGCGUAUCGCUUGAGCGAGGACUGCAACAGACAGGUGCUGCUGCUGGAGGCCGGUCGUCAGGACAAUGCCAUCUGGGUGCACCUGCCAGUGUUCUACUUCAAAUCCAUUGGCAACCCUCACUUCGACUGGAUGUUCAAAACCCAUGGGCCUACUUCCGGCUUGGAUGGACGCAGUUUAGCCUGGCCCCGGGGAAAGGUCCUGGGGGGUUCCAGUUCCCUUAACGGCCUGCUCUACGUGCGUGGCUUGCAGCGCGACUACGACACCUGGGCCGCCGCGGGCAACGAAGGCUGGAGCUACCGAGAGCUGCUGCCGUUCUUCCGGAGCUGCGAGGAUGCGCCGUAUGACGAGGAACACAGGGGUCGUGCUGGUCCCAUGUCCGUGUCGGAUGGCAGCUACGUCACCGAGCUGGCUGAACGCUGGUCCAGCGCCUGUGCCGAGGUGGACCUGGUUUCGCUGGGUGGAAAGGCAGAUUCCAAGUCGUCCACCGUGGUGUCGGUUUGCGGGGUGCCGCGAGUUCGCGACAUGAGCGAUGUGGCGGCAGAUGAAGACUCCAAAGGAGCUGGCGUGGCCUACUUUUCCAACUUCAAAACCCCCGGCGGGUUGCGUUGUUCGAGCGCCCUGCCUCUGCACGAGGUGCGGCGCUUUCGCAGCAACUUGCACAUCUGCUGCCAUGCGGAGGUGGAGCAGUUGUUGCUGUCCGGGCGUCGUGUCACCGGAGUGCAACUUCUGGGAGGAAGAGAAGUUUCGGCCGAAGAGGUGAUUUUGAGUGCCGGAUCCCUAGGCUCGCCCCAGCUGCUGCUGAAGAGCGGCAUUGGAGCAGCUCAACGCCUGGAGGAGGUGGGGCUGAGGUGCCAGCACGAUCUGCCAGGAGUGGGAGAGAACCUGCAGGACCACCUGCAACUGAGGCCCAAGUUUCGCGUGCGCGCGGCGACCCUGAACUCCGAAGUGGGGAACUUGGUGAAGUUCGCCGUCCGCGGCGGAGCUCACUGGCUGGGUGCCCUGCUGAGCCCCACCGCCUGGCGCUGCGGCUGGGAAUUUUUGACGGAGCGGAAGGGGCCGGUGUCCAUGGCGGCGUCGCAGGUCUGCGCCUUCGUGAACUCUGGGAUGAACCAGGAGGAAGGUGCCCCUGAUCUGCAGUUCCAUUUCCAGCCGAUGAGCACCACGGGAACCCCCGCCGUGUACUUGGACGCCUUCGACGCCUUCACGGCCUCCGUCUGCAUCCUGAGGCCCGAAAGUCGAGGACGGGUGGAACUUCUCCCAGAUCGCUCGCUUCGGAUCUCACCCAACUACCUGGCGACGGUGAAGGAUCAACAGCUGGCGCUGCGAUCUCUGGAGCUGGCGCGGGAGGUGUCGCAGCAUCCGCUGUUGCGAGAGAUUGGAGCGGAGGAGGUAGAUGCCCCUGAGAAGACGGACAUCGCAUAUGCGCGCAGAGUGGCAGAGACCAUCUAUCACCCAGCGGGCACCUGCAAAAUGGGUCCCAGCCAUGAUCCCUUGGCCGUGGUGGAUGACCGGCUGAGAGUGCAUGGCCUGGAUGGUCUGCGGGUGGUGGAUUGUUCCAUUAUGCCCAACAUCACCUCAGGGAACACCCACGCGCCUCAGUAA